UGGUCGGGAUUCGAUCCCGUGAAAUUCGGGCCAGAAAUCGAACAUCAUAGCCACAAGACAACCAUGGCGGGUGAGCCGACAGUGCUACAAAUGCUGCAAUGCUCUCUUCAGGUCAACAUUGGUGAAAACAUUUGCGUGACGUUGACUCACCGCGGCAGCUGUCAUUGUCGUGGUAACCGCCUACAUCACCAUCGGUGGCGAAGGUUACAAGAGAGGCAGGGGACGCGUGGAUAGGACUGAUCGUGAACGACGCUUUCUGUUCCUGGAGACCGCGUACCCGCCCGAAGUCACCGGUCGCUUCGCGUGCGCCAUCGAGUCGGCGGCCAAGCAUCACCCCGGUUGGGCAGUGAACGUGCUCGCCGCGGUGGACGCAGCGAACGGCACCGACUCGUGGCUGGACGGGCCUUUCAAGCACAUGCUGGCCGGUCUCCCCAACGUGGCUUUUGGAAGCGUGCAGGUCGCCGAUAUUCUGCGCGGCACGCCUCUGGAAUCCUGGAGAGCCCAGCGCAAAGGCAACGCCCGUUUCAAGGAGGUCUUGUCGAACGUGUUGCGCCUGGCGCUUCUCUACAAGCGAGGCGGCGUCUAUCUCGGCAAGGACACUAUCGUAAUGCGGCCACUGCACGCGUUCCACUCCUGCCUCUCGCAGACGGCGCUGCGCAAGGGGGACGCCGUUAGCAACAGUUUCCUGUUCUUCAAAGCGGGCCACCCGUUCCUGCGAGACGCGAUGGAGCACGUAGCCAGCGAGCACCACCCGGCGAACCUAAAGGCGUCCAUCGGCUCUUCGCUGCUCCACGACGUACUCCUGGAGCGCUGCGGUGUGGACAGCGUGGCGUCGCUGGCCGCCGAGGGCCGACCGUGCCGGGACGUGCUCGUGCUGCCGUGGCACACGCUGAUGCCCGUCCCGUGGACGGCCUGGAACGUGCUGUUCGACGUCGCCGACACGAACUCCUCGUGGUGGGAGGUGUGCCGGGAUAGCCACGCCAUGUGCCUCUACGGCAAGAUGAGCGGCCGCAGAAGGGCCGAGAGGAACUCGCCCUACUGGCGCGCCGCCAAGGAGCACUGCCCGCGAUCGCUGAACAUGUCACUCGAUCUCCACGAACGGUUCUGA